AUGCAGCUAUCUGUCUGUAAUGGGAAUGAAAAGACAGCUACAUGGAGUGAAAAUAAUGGAUUUCAACCUAUAGUAAACAUGGAAUCGAACGAAAUAAAAAAUUUGAAAUUUGAAGAUUUGAAGUAUUUUGUUAUUCAAGGAAGAGCCGGAAAAAAGUUCAUUCUCAAAGGAAUAUCUGGAGAGUUUAAAUCUGGGGAACUGAGCGCAAUUAUGGGACCUAGUGGAGCUGGAAAGAGUUCUCUCAUGAACAUUCUAGCGGGAUACUGCACGCAAAAUGUUAUUGGUGAUGUUAUCAUUGGCUCUUCGCUAAGAAACCUGCAGCAAUUCAGGAAAAUGUCGUGUUACAUAAUGCAAGAUGAUUUGUUACUACCUCAUCUGUCUGUUGAUGAGGCAAUGAUGUGUAGUGCCAACCUGAAAUUAAGUGAAAAGACUAACUAUGCAUCCAAAAGAAAAAUAGUUGAUAAUAUUAUAAGUCUUCUUGGUCUAAGAGAAGCCGUACAUACUCGAACCUCACAACUGUCUGGUGGUCAAAAGAAACGACUGGCUAUUGCUCAGGAAUUAGUUAACAACCCUCCAAUAAUGUUUUUUGAUGAGCCCACAAGUGGUUUGGAUAGUGCUUCAUGUUUUCAUUGCAUCUCAUUGUUACGUCGCUUGGCACGUGGUGGUCGAACAAUAAUUUGUACAAUACACCAACCGAGUGCAAAAAUAUUCGAACUAUUUGACCAUUUAUACUUCUUAACUGAUGGUCAUUGUAUUUAUAGAGGACCUGUUUCAUGUUUAGUCCCUUACCUCGCAUCACAAGAUUUAAUUUGUCCAUCUUAUCAUAAUCCUGCUGAUUAUUUUAUGGAAGUGGCUUGUGGUGAAUAUGGUGAUCAUUAUAUGCGAUUAGCAAUGGCUGCACGUCGUGGAACAUUAGAUGAAAUUGUAGAUUAUUUGAAAAAGACGAAAGUAUUUCCUUAUUCAACAGUUAUUCAGACAAAUGAAUGUCCAAUAGAUAAUAUUCAAAUAGUUUCUGAAACUAUUCCUUCAAGUGAUCAUUGUUCAUCGUCACCAUCAUCACCGUCAUUUUGUUCACCUAUUAUUAUACAUGAUGAUAAGAAGAAAAAGACUAAACAGCUUGUAAAAAGUCAAGAAUCACCAUCACAUAUUGAAAUGUCUGUACUUCUACCUCAACCUAAUGGCCCUAUACGUACCAUAGAUCAAGGUUUAGUCAGUUCAGAUUGUAUAAAAUACGAUGAUCCUAGUCGAGAAUUUGCUGCAAAUCAGUUAACCCAAUUUCGGGUUCUAUUCGUGAGAAAUGUACUUUCCAUUAUUCGUGAUUCAACAUUAACACAUCUGCGUUUUGUAUCACAUAUUGUUGUUGGAAUAUUAAUCGGUGUUUUAUAUUUUCGUGUUGGUAAUUUGGGUUACGAAGUGAUAAGUAAUGCAGCAUUUGUCUUCUUUACUUUGCUAUUCCUUAUGUUUGCUUCAUUAAUGCCAACUGUGAUGACAUUUCCUCUUGAAAUAUCAAUAUUCUUCCGUGAACAUCUAAAUUCAUGGUAUAGUUUAAAAGCCUAUUACUUGGCGAAAUCACUAGCUGACGUACCAUUCCAGAUAUUUUUUCCUAUUGUUUAUGCUAGUAUUACAUACUGGAUGACUGAACAACCAAAUGAUGCUAUAAGAUUUAUUCAAUUUCUUAUCAUAUCGAUUCAAACAUCUUUAGUUGGUCAAUCAUUAGGUCUUGUUAUUGGUACAGCUACUUCAUUACAGGUUGCUGUAUUCCUAGGACCUGUAACGGGAAUUCCUAUACUAUUAUUCUCUGGGUUUUUUCUCAAUUUAUAUGCUAUACCGAAGUAUUUACAAUGGAUUUCUUUUUUAUCAUUUACCCGAUAUUCAUUUUCGGGAGCACUCAAAAUUAUCUAUGGAAAUAAUCGUACAGAACUUGAUUGCGAUCGUAAACGAAUAAAUAAGAUGAGUUAUCCUUGUCUUGGCAAACCAGCAAUGAUAUUUCAAGCAUUAAAUAUUCCAGAUUAUAGUGUUUCUGUCGAUUUCGGUGUAUUAUGCAUCUUUUUUCUUUUUUUACGAAUACUUGGUUAUUAUAUACUUCGAUGGCGUGUACGUCGCCGGCGUUGAUCAUGACAAUAAUAUUUUUUAUUUAUAUUUUCC